GACCAACCGUCGACGCGCUUGUCCGCUUCCGCACCGCCUGGCGCCGCCUGCGCGUCAACUGACACCUUCUAUCACGGCAGUGAUGGCGGACGCAGACGGUGCCGAAAUAAUGAUGAACUUCCACGGUGAUUUCUUGAAAAGCGACAGAAAAAACGGCCGUUUCCCGCACUGCAUUGUCUGGACGCCAAUUCCCUUUCUGUCGUGGGUGCUGCCCUUUAUCGGUCACAUGGGUAUAUGCACCUCCUCUGGAGUCAUACGAGACUUUGCAGGAUCCUACUUUGUUUCUGAGGACAACAUGGGUUUUGGCAGACCAACAAAGUAUUGGAAGCUCGAUGUGGACAAAGUCUGUGUUAAUGGAGUUGCUACGUGGGACAAAGCAGUGCAUGAUGCAUCUGAGGAAUACAAGUGUCGGCCGCACAACCUGUGCUUUGAUAACUGUCAUUCCCAUGUUGCCAUGGCCCUCAACCUCAUGCGCUACGACAACAGCACAUCCUGGAACAUGGUGAACCUGUGUGUGCUGUCUCUCAUUCGUGGAAAACAUGUGAGCUGGGCGGCGUUUCUGAAGACCUGGCUCCCCUUCCUCAUGCUGUGUGGAGUCAUCACUACCUUCAUCCUAACAUUGAACCUCCAGUAACAGAGCGAGACGUACUCAAAGACUUUGGCUAUACUUUCUCCAUGAUGCACUUUGACGGGGACAUUAGUUACCAAAUGAAUGACUUCAUUAGCGAGCCACAGUGAUUUAGUCUCCAGGAGGACUUAGUCUUCCUGUUCAUGGGUAGUUUUGCAAUCAGAAAAAAAAAUUUUUUCACUUAAUCUGUGAAAGUGUGAAUUAGUAAGAUGUUUAAACCCCAGCAAGUAAACAUCUUUUCAAAAGUUACCACUGCUGUUUUUCCACAUCUACUGUUAUUAGCCAAGUGAUUAUUAUAGGAUUAUGAAGGCAGAUUCCACUGUUGAAGAGUAAUAACAGCGAGUCCCUGCUAUGUAGUUUUUCUCACAUGGCAGUGACGAAUGUGGUUUCAGGCCGCCUAAUGUACAUUUCAGUGAUGAAUGGCUACAAAAUGGACCAUGAAAUCUUAACGCUGAAAUGUAUUCAUCAAUUAUUUGUCUAAGAGAUAUGAGUCGCUUCCAAAGAUAGAAUGAUGUAGGACCCACAUGUGAAAAAUAGUGAUACUGUCUCGUCUCAUCCCUUCACUCCACUCCACUUUCCUCUGGUGUACGAAGUCACAUUUGAGUAGGGUUUUUUUUCUGUUACAUUAUUGUGUUUUUUUUUGUUUUUGUAAAGACUGAAAUUCAACACUUUUUAUUUAUUUUAAACCAAGUAUAUAUGUGCUGCUAUUUUACAUCAUUACUAAUUAAUUUGUUUCGAACGCUACGUAUUUGAAAGAGUAUUAUCUAUUAUUGUAUAUCCAUCUAUUUAAUAUUUCCAUUAUUAUAACUCUAGCUUGGAUGUCCAAUAGCCUUUUUUGUGUCUCCCCGUCAGACGUGUAGGUCACAAGCUGUGGGCGUCCUAUUCGUCCUCUGUACCUUUAAGGGAACCACGCACCUUUUUUAUCCAGCAGAUUCUGCGUGUUGUGAACUACCAUCAGUUCAUGGGAACCUUUAUUCCCUGAGUGGAGCAGAUGAGGGAGGACUGAUGCUGGAGCGAGUCGGGUUUACCACUUCUGCAGCAUCUGAUUAGUUUGUGAGAAGAACAACAGCUUAGGAUCAAGUUUAGACUUUGGGUUAUUUAUUUCCCAUGCAAUCAAGUUUUGCUCUUCUGCAAUUCUUUUGUCUGACAACAUUUUUGAAGU